GGGGAGGUGUGCAGUGCGCAGGCCGCGACCCGGUUUCCUAGACCCAUCCCAUAGCCGCGAGGUAUAUCAGCGAUCUAGUCCUCAUAUCCCGGAUAUAUCUAAAUUGCCAGUUAAACUAGUGAAGAGCAGGCCUGCAGGGUCAGAAAACGGAGACUAAUCCAAAACUAGCAUUGGAUUUGGUAGAAAGGGCUAAUAAAGGGGAAAUGAAAACUCUGGAGAGCUGGGCGUGAUGGUGCAUGCCAGUAAUCUCCACUUUGAGGGCUGAGGCAGGGGUGAGUUCUGGGCCAGCAAGUGAAUCAGUCCUUUUCCUUGCACAACACAGGAGCGCACACUCACAGCCCUUCAAGCUCCUAGGUAUUUUAGAUGUUGAGAACACUCCAUGUGCUCGAGAAUCUAUACUCUAUGGCUCAUUAGGAUCUAUUGUGACUGGACUUGGACAUUUCUUGGUGACCAGUAGAAUUAGAAGAUCAUGUGAUGUUGGAGUAGGAGGAUUUAUCCUGGUGACUUUAGGAUGCUGGUUCCACUGUAGGUAUAAUUUCGCUAAGCAGAGGAUCCAGGAAAGAAUUGCCAGAGAAGGAAUAAAAAAUAAGAUUUUAUAUGAAAGCACCCACCUUGAUCCUGAAAGAAAAAUGAAGACCAACAACAGCAGCUAAGCAACUUCAAUCAGCUUUAAAACCCAAACAACUUGUAAAUCAACCAUAGAUUAAAAAACUCAAACGUGUGUAAA